GUAUAAUUUGAAUUCAUACGAAAAUUUAAAAUAAUCAGUCAAGUGAAACGACAAAAAAUCGACGUACCAUUAGCAGUAAUACCUGAAAACAGAAUAAUUUUAACGUUAUUUUUGCGUAGAACAGUCAUUGUUUAUUUACUUUUGAUUUAGCGUGGAAUAUUAUAUCAGCAUAAAGGUUUCAAUUUUAUUCAAAUAAUAAGGAUUUGAAUUGGAAACUAUUAUAAAAAAAAAAAUGCAGAUUUAUCGGUUCUGGCAGAAAAUUAGAUUUUUUUUUAUACUUUCAUGUAUUUAUUAUCUGUUGGUGAUUAUUAAUCUAAAACAACAACAAGCAAAUGAUAUCGUCAAAAAAAAAUUAAGUAAAGAGCUAACCAAUAUUCUUUUUGAGCUCAAUUAUCUGCAUGAAAAUAAUACUAAGCUAAAACAACAAGUUAUCUUCUUAACUAAAAGAUUGAGAAUUUUUGAAAAAAAUAACUCAAAACAAAAAAAAUUAAACGGUCCGCCCGAAGAUUAUGAACUACUACGUCGCCGUAUUUAUUCCAAUACGAAGGAGUUUUGGUGCUACAUCAGUUUUGAACUACUAUCAUUGGCGAUGUCAGUCAGAAGUAAUAAAACGUUUAUAAUUCAUAUGAAAACAAUUAUCGACGAACAUUAUAGAUCGUUAUUGAACGACAUCACUAAAUUGACCGAAGUCGAUGGCUAUUCACAGUGGAGACGGAAAGAAUACAUCUAUUUGAGUACUCUAGUCAAAAAGAGACUAAGAAUUUCACAAACCUCUGAAGACUGCUCCAAAGCAAAAAAACUCGCGUGCAACUUAAUCUCAGACCGUCAGUCAUGUGGAUAUGGUUGUCGUCUACACCAUCUCGUCAAUUGCAUGGUUAUAGCAUUUGCUACCAAAAGGAUAUUAAUUCUAGACAAUCCUCAGAAUUGGGGUUUCACUAGUGGUGGAUUUACAAAACUGUUUUUUCCUCUAAGCAAUACAUGUACAUCAUUGAACAGAAACGAAACGGUUCUGCCUUGGCCAGGUAACGAAAGUGUUCAAGUGGUGAAUCUCAGUCUUCCCAUCACAGCGCCCAAUGGCCCAAAUCGUAAGCGAAGGCCAUACCCAACGCCGUUCAAUUCGCUAGUACUGCCCAAAGACUUGAGCCGUAGAUUAAACGUCUUGCACGGCGACCCUGCCGUCUGGUGGAUAGGCCAAUUCGUCAAUUAUUUAAUCAGGCCACAAAUGUCAACUAUUGCCAUUUUUGAGGAUUACGAGUUCAAUUUCGAAUUCACCAAGCCAAUCGUCGGCGUACACAUCAGACGAACAGACAAAAUUAGUUCGUUUCAUCGACUAGAAGAAUACAUGUACUACGUCGAAGAGUAUUACAAGCUACAAGAAUUGAAUGGUGAAGUAAUUUACAGAAAAAUAUAUUUAGCUACAGACGACCCAACAUUAUUUAAGGAAGCUUAUGACAAGUAUCCUGAAUAUGAAAUACUUGGUGAAGCAGAUUUAUCCGAAACAGGGUCCAUAAAAACCCGAGAGUUGGACGAUUCCAUUAUGAGUAUCAACAUCGACAUAUAUUUUUUAUCUCGGUGUGACUAUUUGGUUUGCACUUUCUCAUCCCAUGUAUGUCGAUUAGCUUAUGAAAUAAUGAAUGGUCUCGAACUUAAAGAUGCAUCAGCUCAGUUUACUUCAUUAGAUGACGCAUAUUAUUUUAAUGACCAAAUUCGUGGACUGAAUGUUGCUGUAUUACCUCAUAAAGCAAACAGGCCGCAAGAGAUGGAUCUAAAAGUGGGCGACGAGAUCGAAGUGGUUGAAAAUCAAUUGAAUGGUUAUUCAAAGGGAAUACAUUUGAAAACAAAUAAAUCUCUUCUGUAUCCUACUUUUAAGGUAACCCAAAAAAUCGAAGUUAUGUCUUUUGACAGUUAUUCUGGUAUCAAAAUCAGCGCUGAAGAAUUAGAAGAAGAAUAAAAUUAUAUUCAUAUAAAUAUACAUAACAUUUUAUGUUUAUAUACUAAUAUUUAUUGAAAUAUAAUUAUGUACCUAACUUAAGAACAUUGCAAUAACGAAUUGAUGAACUAAAAUAAAAAAUAUAUAA